AUGAAUCCAAGGCCAAAAAAACCCACGUCGAGGUACUCCUUUGAGCCGAAGAUUCCUCAGACCCAGGAGGUGUUUGAAGUCGAGGAGCCCGUGGCAAAGAAGGAGUUUUCGUUUGAGGGCCAGGAGGAGCACACUCUUAAGCCAGUGGGCUCAGAUGCACCGGAGCACCUGUUUGCUCUCAGAGAGCAUGACGGACUCAUACUCACUCUUCCUCCUAGCACGGAGCCGCCAAGAAUCGUCCUCUACGAAGAUGGAAGCUGUGGACUAAGGGUGGGCGACGAGGUGUAUCCAAUGGCAGUAAGGCCUGUUGGAGAAUCCCUGGCAAUCGAGCAUAGAGAUGCUGCAUAUGGCAUCGGGAGCGCAAAGUUUCAUCUGACCCCGCAAAUCCAGGGGGAUAAGAGAGGCAGAAGUCCAUAG